AUGCCCUCUGUCGCAGAGACCAUCCGAGGAGGCCAUGAACAGGCCCGGCCAUCCAUCUCCCGGCCGCUGGAGUACUCCGGCAGCCUGGACUCAUUCUCUCAUCUGGACUUGACGCCGGUCAUAGGAAGAGAGUACACGGGCUUGCAAGUCGCCGAGAUUCUCUCAUCCCCAGAAUGCGAUCGGCUGAUUCGCGAUCUCGCAGUCACCAUCUCCCAACGGGGCGUCGUCUUCCUCCGUGACCAAGAUGUCACACCGCAGCAGAUGCGCGAGUUCAUGGAGAAACUGACCGCUCUCGCUGGAUGCCCCGAAUCCUCCGGCCUGCAUGUCCACCCCCUCACCGAAGAAGGCAGCGAGCUAGGCGACCAGAUCAGCGUCAUCAGCAGCGAGAAACAGAAGAAAGGAGGUGGCCUUACCCACCAACUCAGCGACACCAGCCGCUUCGCCUCCGUCGGCUGGCACUCGGACAUCAGCUUCGAGCGCGUCCCCUCCGACUACGCCAUGCUCAAGAUUCACACCCUCCCGCCGACGGGCGGUGAUACCCUCUGGGCGUCGGGGUACGAGGUGUACGACAGACUGUCGCCGGCGAUGGCCACGUUCCUGGAGGGACUUACGGCGACGCACGAUGCGAGUUUCUUCCACGAUGAGGCGAGACGGUUGGGGAAUCCGCUGCGGAAGGGGGUGCGAGGGUCGCCGUUAAACGUGGGCGAGGAGUUGCAGGCUGUGCAUCCGGUUAUUCGGACGAAUCCUGUGACUGGGUGGAAAUCCGUGUAUGUCAACAAGGGAUUCACUAAGAGGAUCAAUGGGGUGACCAAGGACGAGUCGGAUGUGCUGCUGCAGUAUUUGUUCAAUCUGGUCACGCAAAACCACGACGCACAGGUGCGCUUCCGAUGGAACAAGAAUGACCUGGCCAUCUGGGAUAACCGGUCGACCUGGCACUGUGCCACGUACGACUAUGCCGAAGCGCGUGCGGGAGACAGAGUGUGUAGUCUUGGGGAAGCGCCGUACCUGGACCUCCAGUCUAAGUCGAGGAAGGAGGCUUUGAAGAACUGA